CAAAGCUUCAGCGCUUGGCUGGCGGUUGGUCCUGCGCUGGCGGUUGGUCCUGCUCGCGGCUAGCAGGACCCCCUAGGUCUCGAGGGACGGAUUCUAAACCACUGCACAUUGCCCAGGAGACCCCAGUGAUGGCACUGUGGACUCGCCUGUAUGGCCGCGUCCUGGAAAGCUCUAGGGUGAUGCCCACCAUCAGUGAAGAAGGCCCUUCAGGAGGAAGUGAAAACCAUGGAUCUGGCUGCCCUUCACAACCAGAUGCAGAUUCCCAUUUUGAACAGCACAUGAUGUCCAUGCUAGAAGAAACAUACAUUGCUCAGAGCACACUGAUAGAGACUCAAGAAACAUUGGCGCUGACCCAGGGGAAAUUACUCGAGGUUGGUCAUGAGAGAGAUUCGUUGCAGAGACAACUCAAUACUGCGCUUCCACAGGAGUCUUCAACACUUGCAAAAGAGCUCAACAUUUGCAGGGAACAGCUGCUUGAGAAGGAAAAAGAAAUUGCUGAACUGAAAGCAGAAAGGAACAACAUGAGGCUGCUCCUGGAACAUCUGGAGUUCCUUGUCUCCAGGCAUGAACGCUCUCUCGAAACGACUGUGAUGAAGCGGCAGGCGCGGUGUCCUGCAGGUGUGUCCACAGAGAUGGAAGUGCUAAAAGCACUGACAUCCUUAUUUGACCACCACAAGACCCUGGACGAAAAGGUGCGAGAGCAAUUACGUGUAGCACUGCAAAGGUGCAGCUUGCUGGAAGAGGAACUGGGCGCCACGCAGAAGGAGCUAAUGACUCUUAAAAAACAGAAUAAUGAGAAAAAAUCACCAAGAGAUGGAGUGCUUGACCAUGAACAAGAAGAAACACCAAGCACUAGUGGAAAGUUGCUAGCUUGCAGAGAAGAAGAACGAGAUGACAAGACAACGAUAAAAUGUGAAACUUCCCCUCUCUCCUCUCCGAAGUCCCUUCAGCUAGACAGGCUGCACACAGGGGCGUUGCAAAUAGUCAGCCACGAGGACAUCAGGGACAUGCAAAAAUCAAAAAGUGCCCAGGAUGGUCCUGUGAGCAAUCCCAGUAGCAGUGACAGCAGGCAGGACUCGCCCCACAAAGCCCCAAAGAAGAAGGGCAUCAAGUCCUCCAUUGGUCGUUUGUUUGGCAAAAAGGAAAAGGGUCGGCCUGGACAAACUGGCAAAGAAUCACCAGGACAAGAAACCUCAUCUCAGGAUGCGUUCCGACUUAGCAAAUUGGGAGGAAAGGCUGAAAAAAAUCGAAACUUUGUUGUUUCUGAAAUACCAAACUCAUCUCAGGAUGCCUUCCAACUUAGCAAACUGGGAGGAAAGGAUGAAAAAAAUCAUCAACUUCAAAAACAGCCUGAGUUGCUGGAGGAAGCCCAGAGGCAAGGCUUACCAUUUUCACAGUGGGACGGGCCAACCGUGGUUGAAUGGCUGGAGCUCUGGGUUGGGAUGCCUGCUUGCUAUGUGGCUGCCUGCAGAGCAAAUGUGAAAAGUGGGGCCAUCAUGUCAGCUCUGUCAGACAGACAGAUCCAGCAAGAGAUUGGCAUCAGCCACCCUCUGCACAGACUGAAGCUGCGGCUGGCCAUCCAGGAAACCCUGUGGCUCACCAGCCCUUCGGCUCCACCCACAUUGAAAAAGACCACAGGAAAUGUCUGGUUAACACAUGAAGAGAUGGAAACACUCGCAGCCACAUCUCAGAUGGAAGAUGAGGAGGGAAGCUGGAUUCAGACACUUGCAUAUGGGGACAUGGACCACGAGUGGAUUGGCAAUGAGUGGCUGCCCAGCCUGGGCCUACCUCAGUACCGAAGCUAUUUCAUGGAGUGCCUUGUGGAUGCUCGGAUGCUGGACCACCUGACCAAGAAAGACCUGCGGGGGCGGCUGAAAAUGGUUGACAGUUUUCACAGGAACAGCUUCCAGUGUGGGCUUAUGUGCCUAAAAAGGUUAAAUUAUGAUCGGAAAGAACUGGAAAGAAGAAGAGAAGAAAGUCAGGAUGUAGUUAAAGAUGUGCUUGUUUGGAGCAAUGAUCGAGUGAUUCGCUGGGUCAUAUCCAUUGGCCUUAAAGAAUAUGCAAACAACCUCAUAGAGAGUGGGGUUCAUGGCGCACAGCUGGCCUUAGAUGAAGCCUUCGAUUACAACACAUUGGCCCUGUUGUUACAGAUCCCGACAGAGAACAGAAAGGCUCGAAAUGUCUUGGACAAAGAAUUUGCCGACCUUUUGGUCCUUGGGACUGUCAGACGUUUUGAUGUCGAGGAUGACAAACACUUUAGGAGAGCACCUUCAUGGAGAGAGAAGGUUAGAGAAAAGGCCAUUCACGGCGUGGCAACUGGGUCAUCAGAGACACUCCCUGCAAACUUCCGAGUCUCUUCUUCCAAGUCUUUCUGCUCUAUGCAGCCCAAUGAGAUCCAGAUGGAUGGCAGUGUAUCAGAAACACAGAAGUUGGAUUCUGCGACAGCCAGGACUUCCUCCUGUUAAGCCUCCUGUUGUUUUCCUGCACUACUUCUACAGAUGAUAUGCAGCAUUUUGAAUCCAACAGAGACUACGUUUUUUAAUUCAGUCGAAUCGCUAUCUGUUAAUACUUGUUAUAUGGACUCCUAAGAUAUUUUAUAACAGAGUUUUUAAUUAGUGAAAAAUUCAUCAAUAACAUAGAGAAAAUAUUUUAGAAUUUAAUGUUUCUUCUAUUUUUGUAAACUUAGGACUUUUCAUUUAUAUAGUUACUUACUUUUUCAUCUAUGUUUAGGCUAUAAAUAUCUCUGGAAGCAAUUCAUGUUCUUAUAUCUAAUUUUAGUCUUUCAAAUGGAUGUACUGUAAUGCUUGUAUGUAUAAACCCUAUGAACAAAUACACGGCUUUUGUAAAUUGUGCACAUAUUGUAAUUAUUACUAUUUAACUUUUUAAUGAUAAGCCAUCCCUGAAAAAAUUAGUUUACUACACUUUUUUUUGUCUUUUUUGUUUUUAUCGGUACUAGGGAUCAAACUCAGGACUGCCUGCUUGCAAGGCAGGUGCUUAUGCCACUGAGCUAAAUCCCCAGCCCAGUUUACUACAUUUAUAAAAUUGUUGUGACAUAAGCAAUGUGCAUUAUCUUUCACCUUGCUCUACAUCAGUCAUUUUAAAAUCAGGAGACUUCAUUCCAAGCAGUUGUCAUAUUUUGAGGUUGACUGACCUUAACUGUUCUUUUUUUAGCAAGAAAUCAGAGUCUAAUAAAGUCGGGACUGAACCGUUGCACCAGAGCACUAUAGAACUUUCUUAGCACUGGUUUCCUUUUCCCCAUCCUGUCUCUGGACUUGGGGAGCUUGUUUUCAGAGACUUGACCAGAAGCCAUGAGCUUGGAGCUGCUCUCAGCAGGGCUGGAGUGGCCAGGGGUGGACCCCAGCCUGGCACCUUCCCUGCCUCUUUCCUGUGAGCAUGUGGAAGGUGCCUCCAGCUAUUCUUAGAGGACCAAUCACUGAGCACUGUGCUCACAUCUCACAGACAUUGGUGCAUGAGCAGAUGAGAGCAGGAAACCCUGAAAAUAAAGUUGUACAACUCUAACUAAUCAAGGCCUUAUUUUUCAUAUGUCAGUCACCUUUUUACAUUGGUUUAUAAACAUGUUUCAACUAGUCAUACAUUUUUAGAUUUUGAUGACAUAGCCAUUUUGGAUUGAACAAGUAGCAAAAGCAACUUGAUUUUCACUGGCAUAUUAAAAAGCCAGCAAGGAAGGAGUCAGAUCAGGGUGCAUGUUAUUUAUUGUGCAACUGAUACAUGGGUAGAGGCAGCAUGCCUUUUUAAUUUAGUUUAUGCAGGGGCUGGGGAUUUAGCUCAGCGGCAUAAGCGCCUGCCUUGCAAGCAGGCCGUCGUGAGUUCGAUCCCUGGUACCGAUAAAAACGAAAAAGACAAAAAAAGAAAAAAAGAAAAAAAAAUAAUUUGGUUUAUGCAUACAAUUCACUUGUACAAUCCAUAUUACUGCCCUUUUUCUAUUAAUUUUUGUGGAAUUUUCUGAGUAUGUAACAAAGUAUACAGUCAUAUACAUAUAUAUACUUUUGAACUAUUUUAAUCACAGUAUUAUUUAUUGCUUUCUUUCAAUAAAGUUCUGAAUCAUUUUUCACUGCCAA